AUGGAGGCACGGAUCGAGGAACUGGAGGAAGAAUUAGAAGCGGAGCGCACAGCCCGCGCCAAGGUGGAAAAACAGCGCUCGGACCUUUCACGAGAGCUGGAAGAGAUCAGCGAGCGCCUGGAGGAGGCUGGAGGGGCCACCUCGGUGCAGAUUGAGCUGAACAAGAAGCGCGAGGCCGAGUUCCAGAAGAUGCGACGCGACUUGGAAGAGGCCACGCUGCAGCACGAGGCCACGGCGGCCACCUUGCGCAAGAAGCACGCGGAUUCCGUGGCGGAGCUGGGCGAGCAGAUCGACAACCUGCAGCGGGUGAAGCAGAAGCUAGAGAAGGAGAAGAGCGAGCUGAAGCUAGAAGUAGACGACAUGGCUUCCAACAUGGAGCAGCUCUUGAAGGCCAAGGACACUCACAUACAGCUGGACGACGCAGUCCGGGCCAAUGAAGACCUGAAGGAAAACAUUGCCAUCGUAGAGCGAAGGAACAACCUGCUCCAGGCUGAGCUGGAGGAGUUGCGGGCCAUGGUGGAGCAGACGGAGCGGGCCCGGAAACUGGCGGAACAGGAACUCAUUGAAACCAGUGAAAGAGUCCAGCUCCUUCACACCCAGAAUACCAGCCUUAUCAACCAGAAAAAGAAGAUGGAGUCUGACCUUUCCCAGCUGCAAACAGAGGUGGAAGAUGCCAUUCAGGAGUGCAGAAAUGCUGAAGAGAAGGCUAAGAAAGCCAUCACAGAUGCGGCCAUGAUGGCGGAGGAGCUGAAGAAGGAGCAGGACACCAGCGCCCACCUGGAGAGGAUGAAGAAGAACAUGGAGCAGACCAUCAAGGACCUCCAGAUGCGUCUGGACGAAGCGGAGCAGCUGGCCCUCAAGGGCGGCAAGAAGCAGCUUCAGAAACUGGAGGCCCGAGUGCGAGAACUGGAGAAUGAGCUGGAAGGGGAGCAGAAACGCAGCGCGGAGAACGUCAAAGGGAUGCGCAAGUGUGAGAGACGCAUCAAGGAGCUCACCUACCAGACCGAGGAGGAUCGCAAGAAUCUGAUCCGUCUGCAAGACCUGGUUGACAAGCUCCAGUUGAAGGUGAAGGCUUACAAGAGGCAAGCCGAGGAGGCGGAGGAGCAAGCCAACAGCAACUUGGGCAAAUUCCGGAAGGUCCAGCAUGAGUUGGACGAAGCCGAGGAGAGGGCGGACAUCGCAGAGUCCCAGGUCAACAAGCUGAGGGCCAAAAGUCGUGACAUUGGGGUGAAGCCGAAAGGUUUGUACGAGGAGUAACUCCUUCGAAGACCAGAUGGCCAGCUCUCCAAGAGACACCCCCCCCCCCCCCCCCCCCCCCCCCCCAGACCUAAAAGGCCCUGGGAAAACCUC